GAUGGACCGAAAGCAGUGUCGAAUGUGACUAGUUAAGUCAGGUUCUGUAUUUUUUCCUGAAUCGAUACGAACUCAAAUUUUUAAAAAACAUGAAAUGCGGUGGUUUAAAUCCGGACGUAUAACAUUAAAUUUAGUACACAGCAAAAAAAUGAAAGUAAUAAUGAUUACUAUAAAAUAUUGCUUUAAUAAUUACCUGUGAUUUUCCUUCCGUUACAUUGACAUAAGUUACUAUUUUUGUCGGUGUUUUAACUUGGAUUACAUUCAUAUACCUGAAUCAGCAACAUCAUUUGAUUGAAAAUUAUAAAACAAUGGGAACUAAGUUUGCCGCAUAUACCCUGAAGUUAACGUGUUUACACGAAUACUACCAACGGCUUUUGCAUGGAACGCAGCCCAUUCCUUCUGGUUUUGAAAUGGCAAAUACAAUCAAGUAUUUUUCACAAACACUUUUAUCACUCUUGAAAGAGGUACGCGAAUCACCACUCGAAAUGAUUCAAUCGCAAAUUCUCGAUAAUGAGAGAAUGGCUAUGUACCCAAGUUUGGAUUAUAGACAACUUUACAAUGCUCUAAUGCAGUUGAUGGAUGUCGUACCGUUAGUGCACAUUGGGUUACAUGCAUUUGGGCAAGCAAUACUACAAUGCCUGGUAUGUCUACUACCAUUCUUGGAUAAUGAUUUGAUUGACAACGUAUCAUAUUUAACAGCAAGUGCUGUUUCCGUUCUGCCUGUGGAGCUGCACCAAGAAAUCAUCAACUAUCUCUGCUUCUACAUUCUUCCAUUCACCAUCAAGAGGAAGACAGAAGACGGAAGUGAGAACUAUGCCAGCCAAUCGGUAUCUGCUGUGAUUAUGAUGGUGUUUCAAUACUCUAAUAAUCCAGCACAUCACUGUCAAUUACUGGAAUGUGUGAUGGCAUUAAAACAAGGAAUAAUAAAAGACAUUUUGUGCGUUGUGGCAUACGGUACAGAAGUAUCCAGAAUAUCUGCUGCUAGAUUGUUAUUUUAUUACUGGCCUACGUUCAACCAAAACUUUUUUGACCGUCGAGCGGUGUUAAUGAAGUUUGCAGAUGAUUUAACACCAUUCGUUUGUCAACGAGAUUUAUGUCCGAACGCGGGCAACGCUGAGGCUGGUAAAGUUUGCUAUGACCAUCGCACUUCUAUUACGUUCGCAAAUGAUUCACCGCCUCCAUUAUACCUCUGCAUAGAAUGUGCUAAUGAAAUUCACCGUGAGCAUUCAAAUUUAAUGUUUCAAGACGUUUUACAUAGAAUGCAGCAAGUUUCCAUGAUCUGUGAAAAUAAGAAUUGUAGAUCAAAUGAUAAGUCAGCAAUUAGUGUGUGCUUUUCUACAGAAUGUGCAAGUUAUAAUGGAAAUCAUCCAAUUCGCUAUUGUUUACAAUGUCAUAAUAUCCGACAUAACAAUAGACGUGGCAAUGAUCAUAUCUUUCAUACAGCUCUACCUCAAAUAUCAAGAAUGGAUCGCCAAACACAGACAUAUAUGGUGCAAGCAAUUAUCAGUCUACUCAAGGAGGCUGAGCCGAUUGUUCUUGACAGUAACAGGGAUGCGUCAGAUGUAAACAAUAGUAAGUCUAACAUAGCAGGAGUUGCAGCAGUUUCAGGUAAUAUUAGGAUUCAUCGGUUUGGGUUAUGUGAUGAAACACCAUUGGAAGACAGACAAAUGCUCGGAAGAUAUGGUGUGUGGCUUCUCAUUGGGCUUUGUAAACCGACAAAAGAGACACCCCCUGAAAUACUUGGCCGCUUAUUAUCAAUGUUGUUCCACUGGUUUCAUGCCACAGCGUACUCAUUUGAUGGACAAACAGAAUGUACCUUGGAAAAGCUAAAAACAGAGUAUGUUUGUAGCUGGCUGUUUGAGGUCAUGAAGACACAUUAUCAAGUUUUUGUCUCGUGUCUGCUACCACAUCCUGCAGAUUAUGUCAGAAUAGGUGGACACUGGGAGACGCUGGCUUCGAGGACAUCGCAUUUAAAGGAUGGCUUAAACAGGCUCUUUUGUUUAGUACCUUACGAAGUAAUUACUUCAGAAAUUUGGGAUUAUGUCAUGCCGCAUUGGAUGGAAGCAAUGGUGCACGAUGUUCCAGAAUGGGAGCUACAAGAAUUGAAGAUAAUAUUUUGCAAAAUGUUAGAUCCAGAUAUGAGUCCUCUUGGAUUCGACACAACAAAAAUGUACAGUUUUAUGGCAAAGAGAUUUACUAAGACAAGUGCUAUCAUCCAAGAACAAGCACUGAAAUGGCUACAAACAUUAACAAUCCUAGAAAUAAUGAUUCCGUUAAGCCUUCUAUUUUCAAUGUUUAAAGAUGGCAUUGAAUCAAUGCAGAAUUUAAGUGAAAGAAAGUAUUCGAAUGAGAAAAUGAUGAAAAUUAUACCCAGCGACAAUGGAUAUGUAACGUGUGCUAUCGUAGAGAACGACUCAGAAAAAUCGACGCCGCUCUCAGAUGAUGUCGUACCAACUCCAAGCCGUCAUGAAUUCUCAACAAACGCAGAAUUAAACUUAUCCUGCUGUGUUCUCAUGCUUGAUGUUUUGCUAAAGCAGAUGGAAUUGCAAAAUGUGGACAGACACGCUGGAAUAUAUACUUGGGUGUGCCGGGAGGCCUGUUAUCUAAUGAAAUUAGUAAUGGCAACAAGUUGGAGCGAUGAUCAUAAAUGUAAUGUGAAUGCAGAAUGCUCGUAUUGUGAAUCCAAGAUUGUGUGGCACCAACUAUGUUUACAGCUAGUUGCUUACGUGGCACCAUCCAACUUAGCUCAUCCACCGGAUAUGAUAAGUGACAAUGUUUCUGAGGACUAUGGGCGACGAAGUUCUUUAGAAACAAGCAAGAAAUGUGACUCCAAACCAGAUGUCGUCAUUAAUAUGCCAAUGCCAGAACUUCAUUCAGUCGGAGGAGUCCUUGUUCAUAUGCCUCACUUUUUUGAGCAGAUUAUGACUGCGACAGUUGAGACAGUUUCGGAACAGUUGGAUCUCGCUGCAAUAAUUCCAUCUGAAAGUGUUAUAUCAGCUUCAGCACGAGCUUUUGCAUUAUCUGAAACAGACGAUGCAACAAUUACAAUGAAUGUCGCUAAACCGCACCUGCUUAAUGAAGAAGAACACUCAAUAAGUGAGAAUGAAAUAGAAUUAGAUAACUUGUGGGAAACAACUGUUGGAAAAUUCAGGUUUAUCAUUGAAGAACUUCCUGCGCAGUUACAGUACAUUUAUAAACUACUAAAGGAAACUAUCGCUGUCGAGAAUUCAGAUAUUCUUUAUUACAUGCUACAAUGCCUGAGUGUGAUGUGUUUAUAUGGAGAUGCCUUAACUUCAGCUGCAAAGGACCAUCAAGGAUUCUUCAUCUGGUGUCAAGAAAACCUCUUGAUUAAGAACUUGUGGGAUCUACUAAGUGCUGAAUAUUCCCACAUAGCUCAAGUAUCAGUUCCAGUUCUUUUGCAUUGCAUUACAUUACCAUAUGGCGCAGAUGCUUUUUGGAGACAUAUUCAAAGUGAAUUUCACAGUUCUGACUGGCGUGUUAGAUUCGUGUCAGUUGAGCGAGUGACAUUGAUUGCAAGAUUCAUGGAUUCCACGCCAUUAACAAAUGAAGUGAACCUUCAAGCAGCACUGGCGAGUGUAUUCUGCUAUCUUAUUACAAGUAUGGAUGAUGCUAAUGUUUACGUUGCACAACGUGCGACUUUAAAUAUAGGGACAAUUCACGACACAGCUAUCAGGUCACUGAUCUUCUGCCUUGAGACACAAUUUGACUCUGUCAUAGUCGAUAGACCAAUGAUACUACAGUCAGUGUAUCAGUUGCACAACAGUUUAAGUGACAGAAGGAUUCUUACGUGGGAAUUUUUUCUUAAUCGAUUUGACGCUUUAUUCCUGGAAGCACAGAUCAGCCUGGAGCGAUCGGGAGAUUUAACAUGUAUUCGUGAUCUUAGGAACACGGAUCUUAACAGUGAACUUUUAGCGAGAAAACUAAAUAGAGCUCAUGUAGCUCUUUCGCAAUCAGAUGGAGGAGCCAACAAUUCUCUUAAGACAUUAAGCUCAAGUUUUGGUACAAAGUGGCCAUACAAGCGCACUAUGUCAGCUCCCGCAUCCAUAGUGCAUAGACAAGAUACAAAACAGGAUAAGGAGAAAGUAUACAAUCGACAAUACUCAGCACCAACACUUAAACGGAAGAGUUCCAGAUUUGGAUUGGAUGGCCAUGUUCAUACAAUGCAUAUUGUAGAUGAAGGGGGAAAUCUACCCUCAUUUAUUCAUAAAAUAGCCAAUGUGGAAGAAGUGGAUAAGGAAACGCUGCAUUUACUUGUAUUUUUAUUAAUGCAGUUUCUAUCUCGACAAGAUCAGGCAUAUCCCACAGAUGAGAAACCAUUAUCUAAGAUACAAGGAAUUGUAUUACGGCAUUUAUAUAUUCUUCUAGGCUACAAUCAAACUGAAAAAAUCCAUCAUACGCCACCUCAACGUUUAAGGCAUUCUUCCGUAUUUAACGUUUUUCUAACCAAUUUACCUCAAGUUUUGGAUCAAAAUAAUAUAAUGGGAUGGGUCAUGAUACCUCCACUGCUGGCUAUUUUACGGAAUUGCCCAUGCCCACCUCAAGGAAUACCGCCUACGGAAUAUCAACCGCCAAUGUAUAGCCUGUGGUAUCUAGAACCCCACGUCAGACGUUCGUGGUUAAUGUCUUUGCUGAUCAUCUUAUAUAAGUUUCAAUACGGACAGCAGGUGUGGUAUUACCAGUUGCAAGCAUUAAUACGAAUCGUAAUUAAUACAUUAAAUAGGCAGCAUCAUCAAUGCAAACGAAUUCCAGCAUUGGUUGUUAUGGGAGGACCUCCUUCGAGAUCACGAGAAGUCUCUCAACCUUCAUUGGCAACAGAUCACGACUUACUGGCUACUGCUUUUGAAGAGGUAGAAAGUGAGAGCUCAUCUCUUGGAAUGAUACCAAUAGUAAAUUAUCAACGAAGUCCGAGGGCUCAGAGCAAAAUUUAUGGUAUAGAUUCUUAUUUCGAAGAAAGUGAGUCCGUUUUGUACUCAUUGAACAAAAACUCGAGUUUUUCAUUCAAUGCGGAUGAUACGGAGUCUGAGUUGGCUGCAAUACCUGAAAGCAUUAAAUCUGAUAGUAUAUUGUACGACAGCAGCUGUGGUUCUUUAACAGAAGUGGAACAAAUCGUAGCAACUUUUAAAGAGAAAUCUUCGGCGUUGAAGUUUAACGUUGAAAAUACUAAGGAAACAGAAUACGCUUUACGCCUUACUAACCGAGGAUACAAUGCACAGAAGGCAUGCGUUUUUUCAACCGAUGAAGGACUAAAAGUUACCGAAGAUCAUACGUUUACAGAUGUGGCUAUAUCUAGUCAGACAGAAUUACCUACCUUAAGACAAAUGAAACUGAAGUGUUUUGAAACUGAGGCUGUGAUGAACAUUAAAUGCAAUAAGUUUCUAAAUAGGAUAGACGUUGAAAACGAAAGACUGCAGAUUCAAAGGUAA